CCUCAUCAUCUCUCCAUUUAUUCAUCUCCAUCAUCAGCUCAACUCAGAACUGAUAUCAAUAUGCCGCAGAAACGGAAGACCACAGCUGAGCAGCCGCCUCGCAGUGGUCGAACUGUGAAGCCUACCACUACCGAACCGAAGCCUGGGAGCUCAACCUCGAGCAUACCUACGAGCACAUCUUCUGCCCCGGCUGCCCGCGACGAGUCCACCUAGAAGAAGCGCGACUCGCCCGAGGUUCAGCCCAGUCCUUUGGAGUCUUUGCAAGCCAAGAUGUCUCAGCGAAACCGAAGCGGCCGCGGCUCAAACCGCAACAAUGGCAGCGGCCAUGGCGAAGAGGUGCAGCUAUGGGAAUCUGCAAAGGAAAAAUUCCACGAGGUUGUGAACGGUGUCAAUCAAGAGAACGACAACCUGGCGGAACUAUUGAAGCUUGACAAGAAGGCAGCCAUGGCCAGCAUGGACGGUGGAAACCCAUCAGGCAGCGAUCUGAACAAGAUGGAGCAGAACUGCCGUUCCGGUGUCAAGCUGUCGGAGAACAACUCGAACAACAUCAAGAACCUCAUUGAACAGCUUAAAAUUCUCAAGGCUGUGCAGCAGGCCAAGGAAGCAGCCGAGGCUCCAGCGACAACCGGUGCCUCAUCACGGACCGGCAGCUCGACCCGCAAUCGGGACGCCGCUGCAGCAGCACUUUACGACUUUGAUGGAGCCGGCGACUCUCCAGUACCCAGCCCUAUCGGCGGAAGCUCACGCAAGUACGGCGAUAGGGGCAGCAACCGCGAUAGUAUGCCGCCCAAGGCAGAUAGCGUCGAACCGCAAGGUUCCACGGGCUCCAACACGGCAGGUUCAUCGUCAGGUGCCCUAGGGUCAAGCGCUUCUUCUGCAGCUCGAAGCAAGAUAUCGUUCUCCAAAGGGGACAAGGUAGCGUUCAAACGGAAGAAAGAUGAGCCGCAGCAGGGCGAAGCACCGUAUGACUGGAUACUAGGUGAGGUGGUCGGCGUCAUUGGCGAAGGCAAGAGCCGGCGGUACAAGUGCUUGGAUGUGGAGCCGGAGGACAACGUCAAGCCUAAGGAGUACAAGACCUUUGCGUCGGGCAUGAUACCGAUCCCGGCGGAGAACCAGACGCACAAUCUCGCUAAGCUGGAAGCUGGCAGGAUGGUCCUCGGGCUCUACCCGCAGACAACGGCAUUUUACGCAGCAGACGUUGUCGGCACGGAGCCGGACGGCAAGACGGUCAACCUCAAGUUUCAUGGCGAAAACGACUCAUCGACUACGCAUCAGGUGGAGCGGCGCUAUGUGCUGGAGUACCGGCCCUGAACCCAAGAGGACAAGGUCCCCGAGAUGUAUCCGUAGAUGCACCAGAUGAUCCAGAUCUGGUGAUGCGGAGAAGGAGAGGGCCAAACGCUCAAGUUGGGAAGUGCAUGACGUUAGCGAAGUGUUAGCGAGGGCCAUGAGCGGGCGUUCGCUUAAAGUAUUGAGUUGAGAGAGUGUGUAUUGGCCGAGAGAUCAACGGCCCGGACAUGGGAUAUCUGGUGUGUCUAUCGUCAGGGCUCAUUAAACAAACAAAAGGGGACAUGACAUGGCGGGUCGAAACGGAACUUAACAUGCUUACUAUGCAUCCAAGGCAGGGGUAGCAGCUAGCGGGUAUCCGUACCAGCGACAGGCUGGCAGGAUUAGUAGUACGGAUAGAAAUGACUAUGAACGUUU